UUUUAUAAAUGUACGUCAAUCUAGUUGGUUUGUAGCCGUAAGCAUGACAACAUUAGGCUAUGGUGAUUACAUUCCAGAAACUACAAUUGGCCGAAUAGCUAGUAUUUUGGCAACACUUUGUGGCAUAACUAUAAUAGUAUUAGCAAUGACAACAAUUACGUCAAAUUUUCUUCGCAUUUGCCAUGAGAAUAAAAUUAUUGAUAAACUAAAAUCACAAAAAAAGUUAUCAAAACGAAUUCGAAAUAUAGCCUUUACGGAAACUGAAUUUUGUGACUAGAAUGUUACCAUAUAAUGAAGAGAGG